AGAAUUGGCUCUUCGUGGUACAUCUGAUUCUGGACCACUCACUUUAAAUGAGCCAGUUCACAAUGAUGGUAAUUUUAGAGCUCUUCUGCGAAUGCGAAUGAACUGCGGUGAUAAAAUGAUGACUGAUUGUAUUGAAAAUGACACAUUUAAAGCUAUGUAUUUAAGUCCUACUAUUCAAAAUAAUUUAAUUGAUAUAAUUGGAAAAAUAAUUCAAAAUUGUUUAGUGGAUAGAAUUAAUAGGGCAAAAUCAUUUUCAAUUUUAGUAGACGAAACGACUGAUAUAUCGCGAAUUGAACAAAUGUCACUUUGUAUUCGAUAUAUCGAUGAAGAUCCUGAACAUCAAUUCAUUUUACGUGAAGAUUUUUUAAAAUUCGUGUCGGUAGAAAAUACGACUGGUAAAAAUUUAGCCAAUAUCAUUUUAGAUAGUAUUAAAUCUCUUGGAAUAAAUCCGAAGUAUAUGGUAGGACAAGGAUACGACGGGGCGGCUGCAAUGAGCGGAAAUUUCAAAGGAGUGCAAGCAAUUAUUCGAAAAGAAUAUCCGGCCGCGCUUUACGUACACUGUAGUGCUCAUUCUUUAAAUUUGGCUCUCUCUCAUUCCUGUAGUAUUCAACAUAUUCGUAACUGUAUUGGUACCAUAAAAUCGGUAGGAAAUUUCAUUAAAGGUUCAGCAAUGCGAACCGAAAUUUAAAAAAAAUACAUUAAAGAACAAUUUCCUGAAUCUAAGUGGACCAAACUUACAUCAAUGUGCGAGACACGUUGGGUAGAAAAUCAUGACGGACUAAUAAGAUUUACAGAAAUUUAUAAGGCAAUUGUUAAUACAUUGGAAGAAUUACAGUUCACUCGUGAUAUUGAAACGUCAUCAAAAGCAUUACAAUUUGGAAAAACUAUUAUAACCAGUGAUUUUGUAAUAAGUAUGGUCUCAGCAUCUAUACUUUUUUCCUUAACAUUGCCACUGUGUAAGAAUUUACAGUCUGUAAAUUGUGAUUUAACCGAAGCAAUGGCGUAUGUUGAUAUUGUACUACACGAAAUAAAUGAUAUGCGAAGUAAUAUGGAUAAUACAUUUUCCAAUAUUUUUAAAAAAGCUGAGGCUCUUAUAAAAUCAAUUGAUGACGAAGAAUGUAUAAGAAUACCUAGAAUUGUUGGACAUCAAAAAAAUCGAAGUAAUAUUGUCGUGAAUUCACCUGAAGAAUACUACCGUAUUACAAUAGCUAUUCCUUUUUUUGACGACUUCAUUGAACAGCUUCAAACAAGGUUCAAUAAUCAUAAAAAAAUAAUUUCUUCAUUGCACAAGUUAUUACCAAAAACAUGCGAUAAAUUUGAAAUUGAUUUAAAUGAUUUUGAAAUAUAUUCAGAAUUUCUGGAUUUAAAAGUACUGCCACAAGAAAUUAAACUGUGGAAAAGAAAAUGGACUGACGAACUAGAUGUAGACCGUCCAAAUUCGGCUAUCGAAGCGUACAUUAAAUGUAAUUAUGAAUAUUUUCCAAAUGUAUCUUUUCUUUUGAAAAUAUUAGCUACAUUACCAGUUUCGACUUCUACACCAGAGCGCUCAUUUUCUACUAUGAAAAGGCUAAAAAACUUUUUACGAAAUUCAUUUGGUCAAGAACGUCUUACAGGUCUAGCACUUUUGAGUGUGCAUAGACAAAUUAAAAUAAAUCCAGACGAUGUGAUCGACAGUUUUGCAAAAGAAAAAAAAAGACUGAUAGACUUUGUGCUAUAAAAAUGUAUUAUUUUAAAAUUUAAACUGAAAAAUGACUCAUAAAAUUUUGUAUUGUAUUGUAUUUUAACUUUAGUAUACUUCAAAAGGUAAAUUUUGUAAAAUAAUGACAAAGAUCAUAACAUAAAGUAUAUC